CAAUUUGUAAACACGUCUAUCUGACAUUACCACGUGUAAAUUAGGGUCUAGGUCGCUAUAAGCAUAAAGUGUCAAGGUCGAAGCCGGUGAGCGUGACGUCACGACGUACCGUGGUUACCUCCAAAGCUAAGCAGAAAUCGACGGAAACUAUGGGUCUGCUUGCAUUGUUACGAAAGCUGAAGUCAUCUCAGGAAAGAGAGUUGCGAAUUCUACUUUUAGGUUUGGACAAUGCCGGAAAAACAACCCUGUUAAAAAGCCUAGCCUCAGAAGAUAUCAGUCACAUUACACCAACACAGGGUUUUAAUAUAAAAACAGUGCAGUCUUCAGGCUUCAGGCUCAAUGUUUGGGACAUUGGAGGACAGCGGAAGAUCAGGCCUUACUGGAAAAAUUACUACGAGAAUACAGAUGUACUUAUUUAUGUAAUAGACUGUGCAGAUCAAAAGCGAUUUGAAGAGACAAGUGUGGAAUUAUCGGAACUUUUAGACGAGGAAAAGCUGGCAGGUGUUCCAUUGUUGGUGUAUGCUAAUAAACAAGACCUGCUGGGUGCUGCAACAGCCAAUGAGAUUGCAGAGGGUCUGAAGCUAGAGCAUAUCAGUGACAGGAAGUGGCAGAUACAGCCGUGCUCGGCCACGCAGUCCGAAGGGGUCAAGGAAGGGAUGGAAUGGGUCUUGUCAAACAUGAACCAAAAAAAAUCCUCGAAGAAGUGAAGCAAUUUGUGGACCAGCUGUUACAGCCACUGAUCAUACAGUGAUACAUAUAUAGAAUAUGUGAAAACAUGUAUGGAUUUUAAAUCCCUUGGGUAUUUGCAUCUUGUAUGGAUUCCGAGGGAAUCAGAAUUGACAUCAAAUUAUUUAUGAGGUUGUCUCAAUGUGAUAACCUCAUUUCCUGGACUUCACAUGAGGUUUUGUGAAAACUGUGCAGAUGCCUGUGUUGGUAUUAAAAUCGUGAUUGAUGAAUUGGUUUAAUCUGCAGUCAUGAGCUGAGCUAUCAAAGCUGUAUUUAUAUGGAGAAAGUCAUUAUUAUUGAUCAGGUAGAAAAAUAGAUUCUGUAUCUCUGUCUAACCUUUAUAGUAGUCUUGAUCUGUGUUGUGCUUUACUUCCUGUUUAAGGAGGCGUAUACUAGACUUGUAGAACGCAAAGUGAUCUGAAUGGUUCAUUCAUAGUUUUGCAGUAAUGUCAUAGUUGCUCUGGGCAGCUCAUUGGUGUCAUGGACUCGCCCUACAACAAAAAGACACAGUAUAUGUUCACACACCUAAUGCCUUCUCAUCGUCAUGGGACUGAAAGAUUGUUAAGUACAACUUUAAACCUCAAGCAUGUAUACAUACAUACAUACAUACAUACAGACAGA